AUGGCGCCCCCGUAUGGAAGCCGCCUGAUGGUGAGCAUCGUCGACGACGAAGCGCAGCAGAACCCAGAGCGUGUCUUUGCGUGGAUCCCGCGCACCGCCGAGGUGCAGGAUGGCUUUCGCCCAGUGACUUUUCCCCAGGUCAGAGACGCCGUCGACUACGCCGUCCACUGGCUGCAGGAUGGCUUCGGCGCCUUCGCCCUGCACGAGACGGUGUGCUACGUGGGAGUGUCCGACCUGAGAUACAACAUCCUCGUCUACGCGGCCCUCAAGCUUCGUCUCAAGGUCUUGCUGCCCUCGCCUCGUAAUCCCCCUUCUACCACUGCCUCUCUCCUGAGCCAGACCGAGUGUACCAAGCUAGUGCACUCGCCAGAGGUCGCGCCGCUCAUCAAGGCGCUCCAGGGCCCAGCCAGCUCGGUGCAAUGCCGCCAGUUUCCUGCACUCGAUGAGCUCCUCAACGCGCAGCCCCCGGCUCCCGUGCCGUAUACUCUCGAUUUCCAGGAAGUGAAACGGGAGCCCAUCAUCAUACUGCACUCUUCCGGGUCUACGGGCCUGCCCAAGCCGGUUACCAUGACACAUGGCAGUUUUGCCGUUCUCGACAACGACCGCAACUUCCCCAGCGUGCCCGGCCGUCGCAACCAUGACUUGACGACGUGGGAUUUUUCGCCAGGCAGUUGUCUGUAUGUGCCCUUCCCGCUGUUCCAUCUAGCCGGCUUCUACAAUAACGUCAUGGCGCCGGUCUACACCGAGAGCGUACCGGUCUUUGGACCCCCGACGAGACUGCCAAGCGGCGCCUUAACAGCGCAUAUCUUACAGUCUUUGAAUGUGAAAGGGUGUCUCCUGCCGCCGUCGCUGGUCGCUGAUCUGUACACCGAGCCCAACGGCGUCGAACUACUCAAGAGCCUCGACGUGCUCUGUUAUGCCGGCGGCCCAUUGGCAGAAUUCAUUGGCAACGAGCUGGUGCAGCACGUCACGCUCUGCCAGUUCUACGGAUCCACGGAACUCGGUCUUGUUCACCAGCUGAUGCCGCCAAAGGAACACUGGCAAUACAUGGAAUUCCACCCUUACUCGCGUCUCGAGUUGCAGCCGGCCGACGACGAUGCCUUUGAGCUAGUGGUUUUCGCCGAUGAAGAAACAGAAAAUCAUUUGGGUCUGAAUCACAACUUUCCGGGAGUCCGCGAGUUUCGCACAAAGGACUUGUUCAGGAGACACCCCACGCAGCCCAAUCUGUGGAAGUUCCAUGCGCGACGAGACGACAUUCUGGUCCUGUCGAAUGGGGAGAAGUUUAACCCGGUUCCGCUAGAGUUGGGGAUUGAGACUCUCCCUGGCGUCGCUGGCGCGGUGGUUGCUGGUCAGGGCCAGCCACGCGUCGCCUUGCUGCUUGAGCUUCGACCUGAGCAUGGUCUGGGCAGUGAUCCCGCAGAGAGUCUUUGGCCGUCAAUUGCUAAACUGAAUGCCAACACCACGGGUCCGGGACGCAUUUCCAGAUCCAUGAUACUCGUUGCGAGCAGCGACAAGCCUUUUAUCCGCGCGGGCAAGGGCACAGUGGUGCGGAAGUUGACUAUCAAUGCUUACGAAGCGGAGUUGGACGCGCUGUUCAGGGGCUCUCUUCACGAGCAGCGAGCGCAGCCACAACAGCAGAAGAAAAGGCUCGUGUUGAGACCAACAGCGUUCCGUCUGGCGGACGUGCAAAAUGUCGUUCAUGCGAUCAUCCAAGACGCUUUGGACGGUGAGGAAGUCGACGAUUCCGAGGAUCUAUAUAGCCAGGGUCUGGACUCGGUGAAGACACUGGAGACCAUUUCGCAGCUGAAAGCGAGUCUGGAGGGCGAGGGACAGGGUCUGACUUGGUUGAAACCAGAGAUUAUUUACACCUACUCCUCUGUCCAAAAGCUGAGUGCCGUUCUUUUGCAGUGGCUGAACGAAGGCACGCACCCGAAGCAAGUGGACAGAGUCACCAAGAUGAAAGAGCUUCUGACUCGGUAUGAAAACUCCCUGCCGGCCGUGUCUGCUACUUCACAGCUGCCGCCGCAGAGUCGAGACAAACCAUUGAGUGUGGUUAUUGUAGGCUCCACGGGUUUCUUGGGACAAUAUCUACUUUCAUCACUUGUGCAGGACGCCAAUAUUGAGCGAAUCAUCUGCUUGAACCGCUCGGCUACAGCGCGUGAGAGAUGGGCAGCCCACCUGUCCACAAACGAAGGCAUUACAGGUAUAGACGACAAAUGGCUGGAGAAGGUCAGCUUCUUCCAGGUAGAUUUCUCCAAACCCGAGUUCGGGCUUGAGAAGAAUGUCUACAAUGAAGUGAGGGAGGACUCCGAUAUUAUUUUGCACUCUGCCUGGCAAGUCAACUUUGCUGCAUCGCUCGAUGCCUUUGGGGACAGUUUUAGCGGUCUCGUAAAUUCGAUCAAGCUGGCAGCAUCCUCAAAGCGACGCGCUCGUUUAGUGUACGUCUCUUCCAUAGCAGCGACUGGCGUUUGGGGGAAGCCCGGGUCUGAGCAGACCGUAAUACCGGAAGCCCUAGUCAACAACGCCGACGGAGCCAUGCGCAACGGCUACGGCGAGUCCAAGUAUGUGGCUGAACAUCUCGUCCAGGCCGCCUGGACCAAGUCCGGGGUGACAGCGAGCAUCCUCCGCGUCGGCCAGAUUGCGCCCACCUCGGUGCCAGUGACGCCCUCGUCGACACACAGAAUUACAUGGCCAGCAAGUGAUAUGUUUACAGUGAUUCUGAAGACAUCCCGGAUCUUCCAGAUGGUGCCUACAGAUCUGAUUGGCGCUGAUUGGUUGCCCGUCAACGUUGUAGUUGAUCUUACGCAGCGGAUCCUGCAGCAUGAUCGGUAUAUACUCGCAGGAGAAAGUUCUACUCCCCGGGUCUACAAUCUGGUGAACCCGGUCUCCACCGCGUGGGCAGAGUUGGUACCGGCAAUUCAAAGCUGGGCUUCCACUAGCAGUACUACUCUUACAUCGUUCAAGCAGUGGAUCGGAAGUCUAAAAAGCCACAGGCAGCACGAAUCGGAGCGGCACAAGUACAAUGACGCAGGCAUCCUGCCGCUGAUGGACUUUUUCGAGAUGCAGAUCGAUCGAGGGAGUGCGCAUGGGUAUUCGCAGGAGCAUAUAAGGGAGGUUUUUGAGGGUGAUAUCACGCCGGUUGACGCGACGCAACUGGCGCUAUGGCUUGUGGCGCUGUGA